AUGUGGGAGAUCCAGAAACUUUAUGAAACCAAGUCUUUCGUGUUCCUGGGCUGCGGGAGGACAGUGGACGACACCACCUUCCAGGCACUGUUUCUCGAGGCGGUCAAACACAAGUCCGACCUUGAGCAUUUCAUGCUGGUGCGGCGAGAGGACGUGGGAGAAUUCAAGAAGCUCCGAGACAACAUGCUGGACAAGGGCAUUAAGGUCAUCUCGUACGGCAACGAAUACGCCGACCUGCCAGAGUACUUUGAACGACUGGCCAAUGAGAUUUGCAACCGGGAUGUGGUGACCAAUGGCUGGGGAUCUCCCAUCUCACAAGGCGAAGAAAGUCAAAAUGGCUUUACGACCCAGAAAAACCUCCUGCAAGACUUCCACUCGUGACACAAGUGGCAGUCUGGGAACGUUUCCACAGCUCCGCUGCUCCCUUCCGCUCGGAUCUGGUAUGACUAGAUCUUCACGCACAGCAGACUCAUUUUCUCAUACUAAAACCGAGCGCCGCCAGUACUCGUCCGCUUCACACGGGAAAGGCGUGAGUAAAAGCACCACCAAGCAAACUGUGAACUCCUGCAACUCGGAAAAUGUUUAUGAAACUUCAUGUGAGUGAGGGAGAAAUAUAUAUAUUUUUUAAUGUGGUUUUAAGUGAAGUUGUGGACCAAGAAUGAUGUUCAGGACCAGUCUGAUCUUAAACAUGAGCUGUUAAAUACCAAAACAGCUGAACAGGAGUUGUUUUAGCAAUGCAGUUUCACUUCCCGUUUUUCACAACAGUAAAUACACCAGCAAUAUUUAAAUGGUCAUUGUGUGAACCUCACAAAAUUAUCAUGAAAUGUCCAUGUCAUAUUUCACCCCUAAAUAACUGUGUGUGUGUGUGUGUGUGUGUAUAUAUAUAUAUAUAUAUAUAUAUAUAUAUGUAUGUGUAUUUAUACAUUUUGUGACAUUGUUUUUCUUACAUUUAAACACUGCCCAACUUCAAAUUCUGAUUACGGUAAUGUGAAAAAUAAUUUCUGUAAAAAAAAAAAAAAAAUGUUUUACUGUUUACAUAGUACAGUACAAUUCUGUUUAAUGAUAUCAUUUGCUGUACUGAAUAAUGAAUUAAAAUACUGAUUUUAAUAAAAUGUAGUUUAUUACUUUUGCAAAUAAUUUUUGCAAACAACAAAAAGCGAUGCUGUAUAUACACUCACACAAAAUCUAAUUUUGACUUUUUGACUCACAGUAUCUCACCUUUUUUCCUCACAAUUUUAACAAAAAAGUCAGAAUUGCAAGAUAAAACCUCAAAAUUGCGAGAUAUAUGCUUGUUAUUCUAAGAAAUGUUAGAUAUAAACUCGCAAAUGCAGGAAAAUAAAUCAGAAUGGCAAGAUAACCUUUUAAAUUUUUUAUUCUGUGGCAGAAACUAGAUUCCAUAUACAGUAUUGUGAGAAUUACAGUAUA